CCCGUCCUGCCGCCGCGACGCCUGGGGCCGGUGGCCGCCUUCUGGGAGCGCUUCCUGCAGCCCGGCGGGUUCUGGCGGCAGCAGGUGUUCAAGGCCUGCCAGACCGGCGGCUUCGUCCUGACGCGGGUCGUGGUCCCCUUCUGGAUCAUCACCUACUACGUGAAAUACCACGUCAUGAAAAAGCCACAUGGUGUGAUUACAUCAAAUCCACGGAUAUUCCCAGGCGACAGAAUUUUAGAGACUGGAGAAAUUAUGCCACCCCUGAAAGAUGAACCCAAUGAGCACCACUGAUGGCUAAAAGCUGAUUUCCUCAUUCAGCGAACAAGGCGGGAACUGCAACUGGUUAAUCUCUUCUAUAAAACAGUCUUUAUUCUGCA